UUAUCAGCGCUAAGUAUAAUGCUUGGAAGGGAGUUGUGCAAAUGGAAGAGAGGAAUCAAACAAUGGAAUAAACCAAGUUUGGAGAGGGAAGGAUCGUUUGACCAAGUUGGAGGUGGCAAAAGUCAUAUUCCUAUGUUGGCAUAUUUGGAAGGCUCGUUGUUGGGCUAUACAUGAGCACAUUCUGUAUUUAUCCCUGUCUCCACGUCCCCAUUUCGAAGCUCAAGUUGACGAAUGGCGGGCCGCUUCUUUCCCACUCGAGUUAGAGCAUGGACCAGAUCUAGUUACUUCACCUCCUACGGAUGGUCGUCGUGGAAAUUUAGAACAUCAGGUGUUGUCCCUUUAAAGGCAUACUUGUUCGCUUUGAUUGAGCCAUGCGGCCUGCUCUUGGCGGCAGAAUUGGCUUUGUAGGCUUUUCUUCUUCUGGUCCAAUUCUGUUUGCAAUUGUCAAGUAUUAUCCAAGUAUGACAAACUCUUUCCUUGUGGAACUUCUAGCUCUUCAUGAUGCUAUUCGAUGGUGCCUAACUCAUGUUUUUCAUGUGGUUAAUUUUUGUGGGGACUAUUAAUCUCAUAUUCGACUGGUGGCGACACGUGAGGUGGAGCAUGCAUUGGGCGGCCCAUUUAAUCGUGAAUCACAACCUCUCAUCAGUAGCUCAACUAUUUGUCGGUUGUCGCGUCUAAUCACGCUGUGUGCUUUAAGUUACCUUUAUCACUCCUACUAUCUAGGAAUGUGUUACCCUGGUUACUUUCUUUUAAGUAACCACCGUGGCUACCAGGGGCGGAUACAUGGGCCUCUAGGGGUGUUCCGGGACACCCCUAAAAUUUGGGGAAACGAUUAUCCAACUUCCUGUAGUAAUUUCGUAUGUGUAUACAAAUAUAAUUGGUAAUCCGGGACACCCUAACAUUUGAAAAAAUGAUUAUCCUACCCUCGAUAAUAGUUUGCUUAUGAUUAACAAAAUAUAAGUGGUAGUCCGUGUUAUUCCAACCUAGGACACUACUAUUAUCAAACAUAUUCUAAUUAUGUUGCUACAGUAAAACAUCAUGCAACAGGGUUCUGAUGUUGAUUUUAUGGUUACACGGCAAGUGUUGAAAGAGUCUUUUCUACUUUGAGCUACAUUAAGAACAAGGUUAGAAAUCGAACAAGGUAAAACAUCAUUUGUUAUUCUAUUUUAAACAUCAUGCAACAGUAAAACGCUAUUUCUUUAUCCCCAACUAUUUUCAAUACCUAAUAAUUAAACUACGUACACGCUACCCUUAAUUUUGAAUUGAUUUUAUGGUUACACGGCAAGUGUUGAAAGAGUCUUUUCUACUUUGAGCUACAUUAAGAACAAGGUUAGAAAUCGAAUAUGUGAUAAGUUCGUGAAGUAUUGUCUAGUAGGAUAUGUAGAUUUUUUUUUUGAACAGUGCAGACACGGAGUUUAUUUAUAUUAUUUUUUCAAAAUAUGAAUUUUAAUUUAUUAUUUAAUAAAAAAUUUAUACAAAUUAUACAAGUAUGAUAUUUUUAAUAUACGAAUUAUUUAAUUUAUUAUAUAAUUUAAUUUAAUUUUGAAGAGGACACCCCUGUGAAAAUUUUAUGAAUCCGCCAUUGGUGGCUACCCCUUUUUUGACCAUACAGAUUAUGUGGAACCAAUCUGAGGGCCCAGCUUGCUAAAGGGUGUUUUUGGAAAGAACCCACCCAAUCACUUCUCACCAUUAUUGGGGCCCAAAAUUAGAGAAUUUUUUUCCUUUUCUCACCCUUCCACUUCUUUAUCCUUUUCCUUAUCAAUAUCGUUCCCAAAAAGGGGAAGAACACUUUCCAUUUUGUAGAAGCUUCUUCAUCGCCCCUUGCUGUCCAGGUGUCUUCCGUCGUCCAACAUUUUCCAUCUCUCUCCGGCGCCGCAGUCUCUCUCCCCGGCCACCUCAGUCAUUCUAUAUGGGCCGACGACUGGUUGUUUCUAGGUUAGUGGUUUGGAGAGGGUACCGGCGACUUUGUUUCGUUUCCAGUUCCUCCCACUCCGACGGAACACAGGGACCGACGGCGUUGUUUUUAGCUCAUCUGGCAUUCCAGUUUUGUUUCCCACCGCAUACGACGUUAAUUAUAGCUUGCUUCUGCAGGUAAUCUGGAAUGGUAUUAUUUACAUUGGUAGAGGAUUUGCUUUGGUAGCUACCUUGCAUUUUGUUUUGGUACUGUUUGCAUUAUGCUUUGGUAGUUACCUGCAUUUUCUUUGGUAGUGUGUGCCAAUGCAGUCAAAAGCGCGAUUCUACCCAGAAGCGAAAAAGGGGUAAAAUCGUAAAGCGUAGAAUUAAAGCGUAAAAGCGUAAGUUUUUAACGCAUACUGUAAAAGAACUAAAAAUAUGUUAAGUACGACAUAUACUAUGAAAAAUACGAGUGCACAAAAUUUAGAUAAGUUAAUAAAUACUUGCAAUUCAUGUUUAAAGUAGAGCAACUUAUAGCCUAUUAAUAAUAAGUUCAUAAACAUAAAUCUUAUCAAGAAGCCAUCUUCCCCUCCAUGCUAAUGAAUUUGAGAAGAGCCUAGACGGUGAAUUAGAUUACUUUAUUGAAGUUCAGAAUGCAUCAAAGUAUCUGGUAUGCAUCUUUUAAUCUUAAACGUAUCAUAUUAUCGAUGAUUUAUUUUUAAAAUAUACUUUUUACAGUUAAUUUCAUGAAAAUAAUACUCAUUCGGUGAAGUAAAAGCGUAAAAACGUAAAGCGUUUUAGUGAACUAGAAGCGUAAAAGCGUAAGUUUUUAAGUUUUAAAGCGCAAUUUAGUCUGAUUUUAUACACUAAAGUUUUUACAUAGAAACGAAAGCGCUUUGGUGACCUAGAAGCGUAAAAUCGUAAGUUUUUAAGUUUUAAAGCGCGAUUUUAACUACAUUGGUGUGUGCAUUAUGCUUUGGGUGUUACCUGCAUUUGCUUUGGUUUAUAGGAGCAUUAUGCUUUGGUAGUUAUCUGCAUUUGAUUUGGUAGUGUUUAUAUUAUGCUUUGGUAGUUAUAUGCAUUUGCUAUGGUAGUGUUUGUGUUGGGCCACAUAACUUUAAUUAUGCUCGCUUUCGACAUUCAUGUAGAUGACACUGGCAAGAUGUUCUUUAUCGAUCUAGAGAUAGAGGAGUUGAGAAGGGGGAAGGAGGGUGAGUGGAGGCGAUGUGAGGAGAGGGGCAGGGAGGUGAGACUUGAGAGGGUGAGGGGAGGCAGCACAGCGGCCGGAGGGAGGGGAGAGGCGUGGAGGGAAGUUGGGAUGGGGCGAAGGAGGGUGAGAGGAGGCCGUGGGCGACCGGCGGGAGGAGAUAGGAAACCUUCUUAUAAUUAGUUUUGAUAAUUAUAAAUUCCUAAUUAUUUACAUAAUUAAAAUGAUAGUUUGAAUCUACACAUAAAUAUAAGGGAAUGUGAAGGAAAAAAUUAUGCCACGUAAGCCACUGCUGAACAGCCCGCACAAGUCGGAUGACCUUAAUUUUCUUUUCACGUCUAGGAAUUGCGCACUAUUUAUAAUUUAAUUAAUUAAAUAAAAAUAGAAACUUUACGGGAAAAGGAAAGAGUUUCUCCACUUUCUCUAUCUUCAUUGAUGCAAAAAACGAUCAACCUCCCCUUGCAUCUCGAUCUCUCCAUCUUCAACCCAUCUCCGACCACCAUUGCGCCAAUAAAAAUCACGGCAAGAAACCUCUUUUCUUCCCUUUUGGAUCCAAAACCCUAUAUGUCCUUUUUGUUUUCACGAGGGACAAAUCCAAUUUCUCCAGUCAAGUCUUUGGCUGUCAUAAACAAGUAGAGAAUUAAGGAUCUAGGAGAGGGAAAUAGAUACUGGAAUCCACUAUGCAUGUUCUCAUAUGCCUUAAGAAUGGUGUAGGAGUUUGGAUUACUCUCGAUUUAUCUCUGCGCCCGCUCUCCGUCCGAUCAUCCUGUUCUCACCGCGUGGGUUCCAAUAUUCUUUUUGCGCUUUCGAUAUGCAGAAGCAGCGACACUAUAUUCAUGGAUCUAUAAACAAACCCAUUGAUCACUGGCGAACCUCUGGCAAUAAUUCAUUAAGCACAAUACCAGCUCACCUUUCUGAGAGGAACUCUGGGCUCUGCUUCUACCAUUAUCGCCGGCAAUCUCAAAGCUUAUCUCACCCGAUUGCUGAUUUCGUCUUUUUUCCUUUUUCUUACCUAUACUUAAACGACACGGGUCUGCUCAAAGGUGUAGUGCUUGGUUGGAUAUUCCAUUGGGCUUUGGACAUGGGCUGUACAAUUGAGUUAUGUCUAUUUAAUGAGCUCAACUGUAUUCCUUUCAUUUUUUUACUUUUUAUUUUUGGAGAGAAACUCGACAAAAUUAAGUAUUUUAUGAGAUUUUGGCUACUUAAAAUCUACAUUACUUAAUGUCAAUAUAGGGGAAAACAAAAUCAUAUUCUGCCUAUAAUUGUUUUUUGUCAUUGUCGGCACUCACCCAAUUUUUCUCAUUUUGUAUUAAUAAAAAACGACAUAUAUUGCUCAAAACUAGGAAAAGAGACAAUUAACACGGUGACAAAGAGAUUUGAGGAAAUCAGGAAAUUAAGCAUAUGUUUUGUCUAGCUUUCAAAAGUAUUUUUCGGUUUCAAAAGUUAAAGUAGGGUCAAACAUCUCUAAAAACUCUGUUUUUAAAAUGACCAAAAGUGCUUUUGUAUGACAUAAAAGCAGAAGUUUCGAUUUGGAGCUUCUGCGAAAAGCUGUUUGGAAAAUACAAGAUUAUCGUUACCUUAUUUUAAUUUUAUUCCAGAAAGAUAAUUUUCAUUCAUUUAUAUCAUUUUAAAAAUAAAAAAAUUAUAUAUUUAAUAUAAAAGAAAUCUAAUAAUAUCUAUUUUGACUAUUUUUUAUUGUUUAGAAUUUUUAUUCAUAUUUUAUAUUAUAAGUAUUUUAUAGUCAUUUUACAUAACCUCUUAUAUUAAAAAGCACUUUUAAUAGAUUUUGAACCAAACACUCUACUGUUUUUUUAGGUACUUCUCUAAAAGCUACAGCCAGAAACUACUUUUGCAAAAGAUACAGCAGGGCUAAACUAGCCCUAAAAAAAUACAAUAAAGAGUUAGUAGCAUUUUCUACCUUUCUAUUAUUGAAAAUUAACAAACCUACCUCUUUACUAAUUGUUUGCACAAACAUAAUUCUGAUGUUAAAACAUAAUGAAAAUACUAUUUCAUCUAAUUGUGGUCAUUAAAUUGGAUCAAAAUAUAUAUAUCAAAGUAUAAAAAAUAAAAAUACAAACCAGUUAUGUUUAUUUUGAAUCAAUAACAACAAAAAGAAAAGGAAUGAAAAGUAAGACAAACA